UAUCAAUUUAACAUAAAAAAACUACACAUCGUUUCCGCGGAGAGCAGCGAGAAGAGGCAGACAGCAGCGAGAGAAACUCAAACUAAGAUUUGAUUCAAGAUGGGUAUCUCCCGGGAUUCCAUGCACAAGAGGCGUGCUACUGGAGGGAAGAAGAAGGCUUGGAGGAAGAAGCGAAAGUAUGUCUUUCUCUUUUGUUUUUAAUCAAUUUGUCUGGUUUUAAAAACUUGUCUUAGAUCAGUGUUUUGCUUGUUUGAUUCCGCCGCCUAAUCUUGUUUUUAUCAUGCGGGAAGCUAUCUGUUUUUAUCAUCCACAUUGCUAUUGAUUGGUGUGAUUUUGAUUUUCAUUUGAAUUCAUUGGUAUCCUAAUUAAGAUUCAGAAGUGCCGGUUAUGAUAUGUUUUCAGUUGUGUUUUGGGUUUAUGAUUUAAAGAGCGAAAGUUGAAACCUUCCCCCACCCCCCCCCCCCCUCUCGGAAAUGGCAUUUUUAGGGUAUCCCUGACAAAGUCUUUAGUAUAAUUAGCAAAAGUGAAGUUGUACUAGAGGUUAACGAUCCAUGCUAGUCAUGAUAGAGGACUCCUGGUUGAUUCUUAUUUGUUGCAAAAAGAUAGUGCAUCACCGUUAUGUGUCUGGGUAUCAGUAGUCAUGGCGGAAGCUCCACUGGUAGGUAUUCUGAGUAACUUGUACUGAUUAGAAAAACUACUUUGGUCCCAAUGUGUUUUAUAAUACUUGUGAUUAAACAUCGAGUGGUGAAUCAUUGAGACCAUAGUUUCAUGAAAGAGGUUCACUUAUUUUCCACUGCUCCUGCUUUUCCUGACUUCUUUCAUCAAAGGUACGAGCUUGGUCGCCAACCAGCUAACACUAAGCUAUCGAGCAACAAGACAGUCCGUAGAAUCCGUGUUCGUGGAGGCAAUGUGAAAUGGAGGGCUUUGAGGUUGGACACAGGAAACUACUCAUGGGGUAGUGAGGCUGUCACUCGGAAGACCCGUAUCCUGGAUGUCGUGUAUAAUGCCUCAAACAAUGAACUUGUUAGGACUCAGACUCUUGUGAAGAGUGCUAUUGUUCAGGUUGACGCAGCUCCUUUUAAGCAGUGGUAUCUUCAGCAUUAUGGUGUUGACAUUGGUAGGAAGAAGAAGGCUGCUGUUAAGAAGGAAUCCACUGAGGAGGGUGAGGCUCCUGCUGCUGCUGCUGAGGAAGCUAAAAAGAGCAACCACGUCACCAGGAAAAUUGAAAAGCGGCAGCAAGGUCGAACUCUUGAUCCUCACAUCGAGGAGCAAUUCGGGGGUGGUCGAUUGCUGGCUUGCAUUUCUUCCCGUCCAGGUCAAUGUGGCCGAGCAGAUGGGUAAGCUCAAUCCUUACACCAUUCUUUCAUUUCUUUUUUUGGCAGUACAUUGGUUCCAAGUUGUUUUUUUGUAUCAUCUCACUAGUCUGAAGUGCAUUACCGUCUUUAACUUUUACCAUUGUUGGAAUUUGCUUGUAGUUACAUUCUGGAGGGCAAGGAACUUGAAUUCUACAUGAAGAAGAUCCAGAGGAAGAAAGGCAAGGGCGCUGCUGCUUAAUCGAGUCUCGUGAUUCUUUUUUAUGAGUUUAAAUGUUUCUAGGUUUCUGAUCUCAAGGUUUAUUUAUGUAUCCCCUCAUUAUUUGAGGUGGUUCCUUUUUGUACUCUACCGCCAGAAAGAAUGAUGCGAAUGAUGCCUGAACAUCGGUGUCUUCAGGAUUGUAAAAUUUUGAGUUUUUAAUUUGCCAUCUUAUCUUAAUUAUGGUUGACAUAUAUACUCUUGUGCGGUUGUUCUCAAUUUUUUUCCUCCUAUAAUUCAUCCGUCGUGUAGAAGAGCCAUCAGUUGUUGGGGUAUUGCAGAAAUGGC